ACACACACACCAACAAAACACAUGAGCUUAGGCUGCAGUCCACGCAGUCAGUGAUGUCAAUGCUUAAACGUCCCUCCUGAUUGGUGGAUGGAGGAUUCUCGGGGGGGAAAAAAAAAACAGGCACACAGGCUGGAGAUCACAGUCGGACGGGUUUGCUGUGCUGAAAGGCUUGUCUUGGCGUGAGGCUCGAGCCUGGUGAGGAGUGCCAAAGCACCAGCUCUGCCUGGAGUUCACCAGCCGCUGAAGCAGGCACCAGCGGGUACACAGCAUGCAGCAGCGAGCCUCUGAGCGCAGCAGCUUUAACUGCCAGAGAAAUGAUGAGGAGGCAGUGUUGGACAGAGGUGGGACUCGCUCCAUGCUCAAUACCAACUUUGAGAAAGAGGAGCUAGAAGGCCACCGUACGCUGUACAUUGGGGUGCAUGUCCCACUCGGUCGGAGGUCACACAGGCGACAUCGUCACCAUGGACACCGUCACAGGAAGAGGUCGAGAGAAAGAGACUCAGGAACUGAUGAUGGCAGAGAAUCUCCAUCGUACAGUAAGUGUCAGACACUCCAUCUCAGAGGGUGCAGUUUUUGUUGGGGAUGGAAGAUGAGGAUGAGGAGCACAUUCCUCAUGCACUCUUCACUGAACUGGAUGAGAUUUGUCUGAGAGAGGGAGAGGAUGCCGAGUGGAAAGAGACUGCAAGGUGGCUGAAAUUUGAGGAGGAUGUGGAGGACGGAGGGGAGAGAUGGAGUAAACCCUAUGUAGCCACACUGUCUCUGCACAGCCUGUUUGAGCUGCGUAGCUGCAUCCUCAAUGGUAUCGUCAUGCUGGACAUGAGAGCUAACUCGCUGGAAGAGAUAUCAGACAUGGUUCUCGACCAGCACGAGAUAUCGGUCACAAUCGGAGAGGAGGUGCGUAGGAAAAUCCGCACUGCUCUUCUUAAACAGCACCACCAUCAAAACCAGAAGAAACUGGCCAACCGCAUCCCCAUUGUCCGCUCGUUCGCUGACAUUGGAAAGAAGCAGUCUGAGCCACACUCUAUGGAUAAAAACGGUCAGAUGGUGUCUCCUCAUUCACAGCCAUGCUGCACAGAAGGCCGAGGCGAUGGCAGUCGAGAAAACAGUGCAGUAGACUUCAGUAAGAUAGAUCUCCAUUUUAUGAAGAAGAUCCCACCUGGAGCAGAGGCAUCAAACAUCCUGGUUGGAGAACUGGAGUUCCUGGAGAAGCCAGUGGUAGCGUUUGUGCGUCUUUCUCCAGCUGUGCUGCUCAAUGGCCUGGCUGAAGUUCCAAUUACAACUAGAUUUCUGUUUAUACUGCUGGGGCCGAUGGGCAAAGGGCCUCAGUACCACGAGAUUGGACGGUCCAUUGCCACGUUAAUGACGGAUGAGGUGUUCCAUGAUGUGGCAUAUAAAGCGAAGGACCGUAGUGAUUUGGUUGCUGGAAUUGAUGAGUUUCUGGACCAGGUGACAGUGCUACCUCCAGGAGAGUGGGACCCCACUAUCAGAAUAGAGCCACCCAAGAAUGUGCCCUCUCAGGAGAAAAGGAAAAUUCCUCCCCUACCUAAUGGAGUAACUGAUCUGGGAGAGACAGAGGAACAUGGAGGGCAUGGAGGACCUGAAUUACAGCGCACAGGAAAGAUUUUUGGAGGAUUUGUCCUUGAUGUAAAACGCAAAUCUCAUCACUACCUGUCUGACUACACUGAUGCCAUCAGCCUACAGUGUCUAGCCUCCUUCCUGUUCCUCUACUGUGCCUGCAUGUCUCCUGUCAUCACUUUUGGGGGCCUGUUGGGAGAGGCCACGGAGGGUCGAAUAAGUGCUAUUGAGUCUUUGUUCGGUGCCUCUAUGACUGGAAUAGCAUACUCUCUGUUUGCUGGGCAGCCUCUCACUAUACUGGGCAGCACUGGUCCUGUUUUGGUGUUUGAGAAGAUCCUCUUCAAAUUCUGCAAGGAAUAUGGACUGUCCUACCUCUCCUUGCGUGUGUGUAUCGGGCUUUGGACAGCUUUCUUCUGCCUGCUCCUUGUGGCCACAGAUGCCAGUUCACUGGUGUGCUACAUCACCCGUUUCACUGAGGAAGCCUUUGCUGCACUCAUUUGCAUCAUUUUCAUCUACGAAGCUCUGGAGAAACUAGUGCACCUGGGAGAAACAUAUCCUUUCAACAUGCACAAUGAUCUCAACAAGCUCACCCAGUACUCCUGUGUGUGCACAGAGCCUAAAGACCCGAGCAACAACACCCUGCAAUACUGGCAGGAAAAAAACAUCACUAGCUCUGAGAUUGACUGGUUAGGUCUGGAUGUCAAGAGCUGUGUGGAGCUCAGGGGUGAGUUCCAGGGCAGUGCAUGUGGUCAUCACGGGCCCUACAUCCCCGAUGUUGUCUUCUGGUGUGUCAUCCUGUUCUUCUCCACAGUUGCCAUGUCUUUCUUCCUCAAGGAAUUCAAAACUAGCCGCUACUUCCCCACCAAGGUUAGGGCAAUUAUCAGUGACUUUGCAGUCUUCAUCACUAUCGUCACCAUGGUGGGGAUUGACUUUGCUCUGGGGGUUCCCUCUCCCAAACUGCAGGUCCCCAAUGAAUUUAAACCUACCAGAGAUGACCGCGGCUGGAUCAUCAGCCCUCUGGGACCAAACCCAUGGUGGACAAUCCUCAUCGCCUUCAUUCCUGCACUGCUGUGCACCAUCCUCAUCUUCAUGGACCAGCAAAUCACGGCUGUCAUCAUAAACAGGAAGGAGCACAAGCUGAAGAAAAGCUGCGGCUAUCACCUGGACCUGUUUGUGGUGGGUGUGAUGCUUGGAGUGUGCUCAGUAAUGGGGCUGCCAUGGUUUGUGGCUGCCACCGUCCUCUCCAUCACACAUGUUAACAGCUUGAAGCUGGAGUCCGAGUGCUCGGCACCCGGAGAGCAGCCCAAGUUUCUGGGAAUCAGAGAGCAGCGCUUCACAGGUCUCAUGAUCUUUGUCCUCAUGGGAUGCUCUGUAUUCAUGACUUCCGUCCUAAAGUUCAUCCCAAUGCCUGUGUUAUAUGGAGUUUUCUUGUACAUGGGGGCGUCGUCUCUCCGAGGCAUUCAGUUUUUUGACCGUCUGAAGUUGUUCGGUAUGCCAACGAAACACCAGCCGGACUUCAUCUACCUGAGACAUGUUCCUCUGAGGAAGGUUCACCUCUUCACCAUCAUCCAGCUGAGCUGCCUUGUCCUCCUAUGGGUCAUCAAAACCUCCAGAGCCGCCAUUGUUUUCCCCAUGAUGGUGUUGGCGUUAGUUUUCAUCCGUAAGCUGCUGGACUUCAUGUUCACAAAGAAGGAUCUCAGCUGGCUCGACGACCUCAUGCCUGAGAGCAAGAAGAAAAAACUGGAGGAUGCACAGAAAGAGGAGAACCAAAGUGUGAUGGUGGAGGAUGAAGGAAUUGUUCAGAUGCCACUUGAAGGACAUUACAAGGACGACCCAUCCACAGUCAACAUUUCAGACGAAAUGACCAAGACGUCUUUUGGAAAUAUCUGGAAAAGCCUCAGUACUGACGACAGCAAAAACGAUAAAAGUGCAAAAAGCUCCCUCUCCUUACCUCCCAGCUGCUGACUUUCCAAAGAUCUCCAGUGAAAGGAAUCAGGAGUCCUAAGAAACCAGACACGGUGACGGACUGGAACGUUGACAGAGAGACGAGUUUGUGACGAUGUUGCUUUUAAAAAUAGAAAGAGAAAUUUUGUGCCACUAUAGUAAAGAACUAAUCUAUGUUUUACUGUAGCUCGCUGUGUGUAACACUGUGCACACUCCUUUCGACAAUGUGUGUGUGUGUGUGUGUGUGUGUGUGUGUGUGUGUGUGUGUGUGUGUGUGUGUGUGUGUGUGUGUGUGAGCUGAAGGCCUGACAAAAUGCGUGUUUGUAAUUUUGUGUGAAAUCCUUUUACAGGGUUAAUAAUAUCUUGACUUUUAGGAGUUUUACAUUUGCUUUUGUUUUAAACCCAGACGUAUUUGUAUGUUUUGCAUUUUUAUGGUAGCGUUUUAACCUUUUCAAACUUUUCAACCUUUUUUAAUAUCCUUGUCAUACAGUAUGAAAUAUACCAACUUCAGAUAUUACAUGUAUUUUCAACUCAACUUCACUGAACAUAACGAUGACAAAACAUUUGGUGACGAAUUAAAGAGAGAGAGAUGACGUACAGUGCUGACGAACCGUCGGAAGCCUGUCAGAUUCUCUACAACCACAAUGGAGGCAUGAACACAAUUCUUAUGACAGCUAUUUCGUCACUAGGUGUUUUGAUAACAUUGGUACACAGUGCUGUCUCCACAAAUGGACUGUGAAGGCUAUAAUAUACAAGUUCCAUUUUCAUUCUCUUCAACCUAAGGAUGUGGAAAUUGUGGAUUCAUUUUGUAAAAGAUCGUCAGCACGGAAACAUUUCAUCCUAAAGGAAAUGAAAAUAAUUUGCAGUGAGCAGGGGGGGCAUGGUGGCUUAGUGGUUAGCAUGUUCGCGUCACACCUCCAGGGUUG